AUGUCCAAAACUAUUGCUACCUCGCUUAAAACCCCUCAAAAGGCUCCUCAGCUGCCAGACAAUGUGAUGGACAUGUUCUCGCUAAAAGGCAAGGUUGCCGCAGUGAGCGGAGCGUCGUCGGGUAUUGGCUACGAUGUGGCUAUUGCGUACAUGCAAGCCGGCGCGGACGUCGCGAUGUGGUACAACUCGAACCCACACAUCACGGAGCUCGUGGAUGAGCUGUCGCAAAAGUACGGUGUCAAGGUCAAGGCGUACAAGUGCGCGGUCACCAGCUCCAAAGAGGUCGCAGAAACCAUUGAGCAAAUUAAGAAGGACUUCGGCGGACGCAUCGACAUCCUGGUUGGCAACGCCGGCGUGGCGUGGACCGAGGGCCCCUUGGUCGACCUCGCCGAGACCGACGAGGAGAAGUGCGACGCUGAGUGGAACAAGGUCAUCGACGUCGACCUCAACGGUAUCUAUCGCCUGGCCAAGAACAUCGGCAAGGUGUUCAAGGCUCAAGGUCACGGCUCUUUCAUCAUCACCUCUUCGAUGUCCGGCCACAUCGUCAACGUGCCACAGAUGCAGACCGCCUACAACGCUGCCAAGGCCGGUGUGCUGCACAUGGCGCGCUCCCUCGCGGUCGAGUGGGCCGGAUUUGCUCGUGUUAACACAGUGUCGCCAGGCUACAUCGCCACCGAGAUCACAAACUUCGCCGAGGACUCUCUGAAGGACAAGUGGCACAGCCUGACCCCUAUGGGUCGUGAGGCGCUCCCAAGAGAGCUGAUCGGUGCUUACGUGUACCUUGCCUCCGGCGCCUCCACCUACACUACCGGUAGUGACAUUGUUGUGGACGGCGGCUACUGCUGUAUGUAG